AACAGAAAAUUUGGGAUUAGCCGCCCUAUCCUUUUAACCGCCAAGUAUCUUACGUACUCGGACUUGUUUCCCGGCGCCUAUGGUUUAUUACUCAGACUGAAAAUGGCGGCGGCGGCGGCGGCUACUUUCGGCAUUCGCUCCGCACCUUCUAACACAUGGCUACACAAAUUCAGUGCUCGAACGGCAGCUGCAUCAAUACGUUCACGUUCAUUCACCACUCUCGCUUCUCUUUCCCCAGUUGAAGAUACUGAAGACAUUCAAUUGAAUGUAAUUCCAAAAGAAGAUGCACGGGAAAAUGUUCCUAGUACUGGCAACAACAACAACUACAAGUCCAAUAAGUCUUAUUAUCCGAAGCGAGGGCAAACACUGGAGCUAGUAUGCGAGUCCCUUGCUUUCAAAGGAAAAGGCGUCUGCAAGGUUGCUGACAGUGGUUUUGUUCUCAUGUGUGAUCGUGCACUCCCCGGAGAACGAUUUAUUGGCCGUGUCACUCGCAAAAAAGAUAAUUACGCCGAGGUAAAGAAGUUGAAGACAAUAACACCUCAUUUGGACUACGUUGAAGCACCGUGUGAUUAUGCAUCACACUGUGGAGGUUGCAAGACGCAGAGUUUGUCGUAUGAAGCCCAGCUCAAGGCCAAAGAGCAACAAGUUCGUGACCUGGUUGUUCAUGUGGGCAAGUUUUCUGAUCAAGAACCAGAAUUUGCGGGUGUCAUGAAACCCAUUAUUCCCUGUGAUAUCCAAUUUCACUAUAGGAACAAGAUGGAAUUCUCUUUUGGUCCAAAGGGAUGGGUACCUGCUGAACAGCUGCAAGAAAUUUCGACUGAUGAAUGUGUCUAUGCUUUGGGUCUGCAUGCCCCUGGAUUUUUUGAUAAGGUUUUGAAUGUGAAUAAGUGCUUAUUGCAAAGUGAUUCAGCAAAUGAGGUUCUCGCAACUGUGCAAGAAUGCUGGCGGGAUCCAGAGUUGGGGCUUUCUCCGUGGAAUGUGCACUCUCACUCUGGCUUUCUGAAGCAUCUAAUGCUUAGAUCAGGCAGGAAUAUUGAAACUGGUCUUCCUGAGCUUAUGGUUAACUUUGUAACUUCUUCUGAAAACACCGAAUGCUUGAGGCCCCUUGUUGAGAAAAUCACAACUAUUCCUGAAGUGGUAAGCAUUGUUAACAAUGUGAACACUUCUAUCGGCAACACAUCUGUUGGGGAGACGGAAUAUACAUUGUAUGGAAAAUCUACCAUCACAGAGAUUUUAAGAGGGCUUACUUUCCAGAUUUCAGCAAACUCUUUCUUUCAAACAAACACACUGCAGGCUGAUGUUCUCUAUAAAUUAAUCGAAGAUUGUGCAUUUCUUAAAGGAGAUGGGUCUGAAAUUGUUCUUGAUUUAUUUUGUGGGACAGGAACCAUUGGCCUUACACUGGCCAAAAGGGUGAAGCAUGUUUAUGGUUUUGAAGUAGUAGCUCAAGCUGUAUCAGAUGCACGUCAAAAUGCCACUCUAAAUUUCAUCAAUAAUGCAACCUUCAUCGAAGGAGAUUUGAAUAAAAUUGAUUCGACCUUCGCCAGCAACUUGCCCAAGCCUGACAUUGUUAUCACAGAUCCUAAUCGCCCUGGCAUGCACAUAAAAUUGAUCAAAUUUUUGCUGAAGUUGAAAGCAUCACGCAUCAUUUAUGUAUCGUGUAAUCCUGCCACCUGUGCUCGUGACCUUAAUUAUCUCUGCUAUGGUGUGCCGGAGCAGAAUAUAGAAGGACAUUACAGACUGAGUAGCUUACAACCAGUCGACAUGUUUCCACACACACCUCAUAUUGAAUGCGUUUGCUCGCUUGAGCUUCGGUGAUAAUCCUUAAUCUCAGCUAGUUGAAUUUCUUGCGUCUGUAGUCGUUCUUGCUGCGUUCUGGGACUGCUGAGAUAGAUUCCUAUGGGAUUUAGAAAGUGGAAGAAAAGAAAUGCAAGUCAUGAAGCAGCAAUCUAACGAAGUAGCAGGACUAAUGAAAAAUGGUGGCUUUGUUCAAUUGAUGGAUACGAUUAAAUUAAGGAUUAACAAAGAUCCAUUUUAGCUGAACAUUCUUGUUGAAGAACUUAUUUUCUUAAGUUAUUCAAAGCAUAUAAAUUUAAUAUA